AUGGAGAAGCACCUGACGAAGGUUGCAACGGAGGAGAUGUCUGAUCUUCGUCGUUUGUGUUCCAUAGCAAUCAAAUCUGCUAAUUCACAGACCAUCGAUGGUGUGGAUCGAUGUUUUGAUAUCCUUGGUUACUUGAAGAAACUGAGUUUCUCCGCCAAGGAUCUUGUCCGUGUGUCUAAAGAGAUAUCUCCUUUGGCGAGUCUGAAAGAUCAUAGAAACCCUAAAAUUAGUAUGGAAGCUAAAGCCUUGUUCCUCUCCUGGAUGAGAACUCUUUAUUCCAGAGACUCUUCUACUUGCAACAACAACACGAAGCUUGUUAAGAAGACACCUUCAGCAGAUCGUGUAGCCAAAGUGUGUCCAGAUUUGAAGAAGAGAAACAUUAAGAGGUCUGUGACCACUCGUGGUAUCGUGGCAGUGGGUAAGAAACAAAUAGAAGAUCAGAGAUCUAGGGUUCAUGAAGUGUGCCACAAGAAACAACAGAACUUGAACAAGGCUGCUUGUGAUCACAAGUCUUUGGUAGUGAAGAAGCCUAUACUGGAGAAGAGGCUACCAAUGAAACUCUCUGGAAACCCUAGACCGUUGGCUCAUGAAGCGGUAGAGAUUAAAAAGCAAAAGUAUGUUGCAACCGUGAAGAAGAACUCAAGAGAGAUGUUGGAGCUGUUUGAAAUAGCUGAGAAAUCUGCAGAUAAGGCUAGUGCAAAGGGAAUUCUCCUGUCUACAAAAGAGACAUCGAUCUGCGUAGACACACUCUCUUUGCUCAUCGACUUCACCAUCAGCUCAACGGCUCCGGAAACGAAUAGGAUCAUGAAGAAGCUUUCCUAUCUUACAAAGCACAAAGACCGCAAAAUCUGCAAGGCUGCAACAACACUUCUUCAACAUUGGAGGCAGAGCAUCAAUGAUCAGCAACAGAGAGAUGCUCUUAAAACUCAAGGCUAG